AUUCUGGCCAUUUGCCCUCCUUCCCCCCUUCGUCCGCUCUCAUUGGCUCUGCUGGUAAGUGGUCUAUUCCUGCCCACCCCCGGGUGACUAGCUUGGGCAGUAGUCGACCCCACCCGGGGACCGACUCUGGGGGUUGGAGAGACUCUUGGGGCCGGGGUCGGGCACUCCAGCUUUCUUCUAGCCCCGAGCUGGGACUCCCUGGCCUGCGCCAGCUGCGUACACGGCGAGUACACCGCACCUGCCCGGGACUUCACCCGCAGCUGCGAGACUCCUCCAUUCCCGGAGGGCUCCCCACACCUGCUGCGGCCGUGCCCCAUCUCCCCGCAGCUGCGGCGCUGAGCACCCCCAUGUCGAGAGGCUGAGACCAGGACAGGUGCAGGGCGUUCCCACUCACCCCCGAAAGUCCUCCUCCUCAGGUUUUCCUCUGCGAGUCUGUGUUGGAGCAGCCCUGACCAACCCUCCAAUAGGCCGGGAUCCAGCCAUACUUCAAUGGAUCCCAGGGGUAUCUUGAAGGCAUUUCCCAAGCGGAAGAAAAUUCAUGCUGAUGCAUCAUCAAAAGUACUUGCAAAGAUUCCCAGGAGGGAAGAGGGAGAAGAAGCAGAAGAGUGGCUGAGCUCCCUUCGGGCCCAUGUUGUGCGCACUGGCAUUGGACGAGCCCGGACAGAACUCUUUGAGAAGCAGAUUGUUCAGCAUGGCGGCCAGCUAUGCCCUGCCCAGGGCCCAGGUGUCACUCACAUUGUGGUGGAUGAAGGCAUGGACUAUGAGCGAGCCCUCCGCCUUCUCAGACUACCCCAGUUGCCCCCAGGUGCUCAGCUGGUGAAGUCAGCCUGGCUGAGCUUGUGCCUUCAGGAGAGGAGGCUGGUGGAUGUAGCUGGAUUCAGCAUCUUCAUCCCCAGUAGGUACUUGGACCAUCCACAGCCCAGCAAGGCAGGGCAGGAUGCUUCUAUUCCUCCUGGCACCCAUGAGGCCCUGCUUCAGACAGCCCUUUCUCCUCCUCCUCCUCCCACCAGGCCUGUGUCUCCUCCCCAGAAGGCAAAAGAGGCACCAAACACCCAAGCCCAGCCCAUCUCUGAUGAUGAAGCCAGUGAUGGGGAAGAAACCCAGGUUAGUGCAGCUGAUCUGGAAGCCCUCAUCAGUGGCCACUACCCCACCUCCCUUGAGGGAGAUUGUGAGCCUAGCCCAGCCCCUGCUGUCCUGGAUAAGUGGGUCUGUGCACAGCCCUCAAGCCAGAAGGCGACCAAUCACAACCUCCAUAUCACAGAGAAGCUGGAAGUUCUGGCCAAAGCCUACAGUGUUCAGGGAGACAAGUGGAGGGCCCUGGGCUAUGCCAAGGCCAUCAAUGCCCUCAAGAGCUUCCAUAAGCCUGUCACCUCGUACCAGGAGGCCUGCAGUAUCCCUGGGAUUGGGAAGCGGAUGGCUGAGAAAAUCAUAGAGAUCCUGGAGAGCGGGCAUUUGCGGAAGCUGGACCAUAUCAGUGACAGCGUGCCUGUCUUGGAGCUCUUCUCCAACAUCUGGGGAGCUGGGACCAAGACUGCCCAGAUGUGGUACCAACAGGGCUUCCGAAGUCUGGAAGACAUCCGCAGCCAGGCCUCCCUGACAACCCAGCAGGCCGUCGGCCUGAAGCAUUACAGUGACUUCCUGGAACGUAUGCCCAGGGAGGAGGCUACAGAGAUUGAGCAGACAGUCCAGAAAGCAGCCCAGGCCUUUAACUCCGGGCUGCUGUGUGUGGCAUGUGGUUCAUACCGACGGGGAAAGGCGACCUGUGGUGAUGUCGACGUGCUCAUCACUCACCCAGAUGGCCGGUCCCACCGGGGUAUCUUCAGCCGCCUCCUUGACAGUCUUCGGCAGGAAGGGUUCCUCACAGAUGACUUGGUGAGCCAAGAGGAGAAUGGUCAGCAACAGAAGUACUUGGGGGUGUGCCGGCUCCCAGGGCCAGGGCGGCGGCACCGGCGCCUGGACAUCAUCGUGGUGCCCUAUAGCGAGUUUGCCUGUGCCCUGCUCUACUUCACCGGCUCUGCACACUUCAACCGCUCCAUGCGAGCCCUGGCCAAAACCAAGGGCAUGAGUCUGUCAGAACAUGCCCUCAGCACUGCUGUGGUCCGGAACACCCAUGGCUGCAAGGUGGGGCCUGGCCGAGUGCUGCCCACUCCCACUGAGAAGGAUGUCUUCAGGCUCUUAGGCCUCCCCUACCGAGAACCUGCUGAGCGGGACUGGUGACCCAUGGCUGGGGGUGCUGAGGAGAGCCGAGUUGGACUGGCUACCCCUCCUGGCCACCCAGUACUCCCUCCAGCCUCAGCUGGCUGAACCUCGCCGCUCCAACCACCAGCUUCCUCAGCGAGCAGGGCCCAGGGCUCUGGGCCUGAAGCAAGAGCCAGCCCGGCUCCCAGUGUCUGCCCGGCUCCCAGUGUCUGCCCAGCCCUCUCCCAGACAGGAGCAGGCUGCCACCCCUUCUACCUCACCACUGCCCCUCGAAGAAUUUUGCAAAUGGCCCCUUGUCCCAUUUUAAGCAGGAGCAGGUGGCUGGUUUGAAGCCCCAGGUAUCCCCCUUCCCUGCUAUGGGAAAUGCCAAGCUGCUGGGUGGGGACAGAAGCUGCAGGGGAGAGGGAAGCAGCCGUGCUGUCAACAUCAUCCGGCACCCUCUGGGGUAGGAGAACAGCCAUUCCACACGUGUUCCCUCUAUCCAUCCUGCUUCCUGGGCAGCUGGUGGUGCUGGGAAUGGGGUGCGCCAGCCUUGGUGAGGACAGUGUUGGGAGGCUCAGGGGCCCAGUAAAGUGCAUUUGACAUUGAA